AUGUUAUCCUCCUUCUCCUACCGCGUUCCCUUCUCAAUGCUCCAGAACACCGACCUCGAGGACCGCGCCGGGCGCUCCCCGUGGUCCUCCUCCCUCUCUCUCCACCCGCACUCCACCAAGCCCGCCAUCACAGACUCCGUCCAGCUCGAGGGGCGCACCUUCCUCCUCCGCCUCUCCACCGACACGCAGCGCCUCGUUAUCCGCGAGCACGGCGCCGCCCACGCGCCCGCCGAGAUCUUCCACCCCACCGACCCGUGGUGCCUCGCCGGCUUCGCGCUCGCCGACCCCGGCACCGCGAUGCGCGCGCUCGUCAGGGCCGAUAGGGCGCUCCGCCGCCGCGUCGUGCAUGCGCGCGCGCAGGCCCUCUGCAGGCUCCCGGGCCUCGUCCCCCCCAUGGCCGUUCCGCGCCCUGGCCCGCGCCCCCCCGUGCCCGCGACCCCCACUUACAGGCCCGCGCCGGUGAAGAUCACGCCGCGCUUCGUGCUGGCCUCGAUCGCCCUGCAGCGCGCAGAAGCGGCGCGCGCGUCUCCCGUUCUCGCGGAGGAGGCUCGCGAGGAGCUGGGGAUCCCCGUCGAGGACGUCGGCAUGUCGGGUUGGAGCGCGAGCUGCAGUCUCGGCGAUGCGCGGGGGGAGGAGGCCCAGACCCCCGUCGUCGAUGCGGGGCUCGAUGCCAUGGAGGUCGAUGUCGCGCAGGUCGUCAAAGAGGACGGAGGGUGCGAUAUGGAGGUAGACCCUACGGCUGCCGAAGACGCGCGCGACGCCAUGGAGGUGGAGGGCAUGCUGACCGUCGAAGAGGACGCGGAGGACGCGGACGAUGCGUUUGAGGUGGACCUGACGUUCUGGAGCUGCAGCCUGAGCCUGGAGGAUGCGCGGCGCGAGUGGCUUCUCGAGGACGGUGCCCCCGGUCCUGUUGCUGAAGAGGAAGAGGAGCCAGAGCCAGAGGUGGACCUUACGUUCUGGAGCGCCAGUCAUAGCUUGGAGGACGCGCGACAGGAGCCACUGCCGCAGGAAGGAGCCAGCAUCCCAACCGAUAGUGAAGCCUGGUCUGCGCGCCGGAACGUGAGAUUCCCGUUGGUCAUCGAAGAGUCCGCGCUGCUCUCAGAGGACCAGCACGACGAGUUCGAGGUGCAGAACAUGUUGGUCCGCAGCAUCGAGGAGGACGAGUGGAGCGACGAAGGAGACUCGACGCCGCGCGCGCUGCAGAGGGGGGAGAUGCCAGACUGUGCGGAUGCGUCGCUUUCGGAGGACGAGAUUGAGGAGCUCGAGGUGGAACUGCUCGUGACGGCUGGGGAGGAGCAGGAUGAAGAGGAGCAGCGCAUGGAAGACCUGGAGGAGACCGUGGAGAACGCGGAGAAGCCUGUGGAAGACGCAGAGGCGGCAAACAAGGUGGCGAAGGUCUGUUUCCAGCCCCAGGAGGACGAGUGCAAUUUCGACCUAGAGGGUCCAUCGUUCUACGACUGGGAAACCUACACUCCCGUUCCGGACGAGGAGUGGAUGAUGCCGCAGCUGUCCGCGUUCCAGACGCUCGAGGCCGAACGCGGUCCGUUUUACUCCUACUUCUGA